AUGAAUGAAAACACUUCACAGACAGCAGGGACAGAGACAGGGAGAACAUGUGAUUGCUUUUGGUAAGUUUCAGCCUUUUGAUCUGGAGAGAAAUUAUAAAGUUAUUAGUGCAGGUUUUCAGCAACUUUAAUGCCUCGGAGGGGGACUGAAAAUUAAAUGUGUAUUUUCUUUGAUAACCUAGAUGUUUUGAUCAGAGUAAAUCAGUCUUCAACAUUUUAAGUGAGGAGACUUUCCUUUAUCCUGAUGUGACUUGAAUGAGUGACAGCACUGUGUGAGUUGGCAGUAAGUGUGAUAAUUGUGCCCUGUACACACACAGUGUGUAAAGAGUGCUCUGUGUGGCUUUUUGUGGUGGGAAGUCAGUGGCUUAAAUCCCUGGUGGAGUUAUAAAUGUUGUGCCUACAGGCUGCCGUACUGAUGGGCUUCACUACAUUUCAAGCUACACACACAGACACACACAUACACACAACAGGAAUACAUAAGUAGGCUAAUCAUUUCUCUCAUUAUUCUUAUUGCCAGGAGGUUCUUGUCCUGGUGUAACUGUCAGAGCAUAAUGGUGGCUUUCAAAGGGAUCUGGACUAAGGACUUCUGGAGGGCCGUGUCUGGAGAAUACCUGGCCACUCUCAUCUUUGUGCUUCUCGGUCUGGGCUCCACUAUCAACUGGGCUGCAGGGGAGGAAAAGCCCCCACCAGCUGAUUUAGUCCUUAUCUCCCUUUGCUUUGGGCUGAGCAUCGCCACCAUGGUUCAGUGUUUUGGACACAUCAGCGGUGGACACAUUAACCCCGCGGUCACUGCAGCUAUGGUGGUAACCAGAAAGCUGAGUCUGGCAAAGGGGUUGUUCUAUGUGGUAGCCCAGUGCCUGGGAGCCAUCACAGGAGCCGGGAUCCUCUAUUUCGUCACUCCUGCUGCUUUUCGAGGCUCAUUCGGUGUGACCACAGUAAGAUUCUCACCGUUUUAAUCUUAUAUUUGCAAACUUUCUCACUGUUAUGAAAGAUUAAAAAUUGUACUUUUUAUUUUCAAGGUAAACAAAGACCUCUCAGUGGGCCAUGGUCUUCUUGUGGAGCUUCUCAUCACAUUUGAACUGGUUUUCACCGUCUUUGCCACGUGUGAUCCUAAACGCUCUGACCUGGGAGGGUCUGCUAGCCUUUCUAUCGGGUUAGCUGUAGCCAUUGGACACUUAUUUGCGGUAAGUAUUCUCGGUAACCCUUUCUUUUAUGGUACAUUUAUUACCAGGUAAUUAACAGGUAAUUACCUAGUAACAACAUGAAACUAUCUGUAAUUACAUGAUAACUACUAAGUCAAUACUGUCUAGCUACCAGGUAGGUAACCUUCCAUCAUCAUACAAAUUUGAAGCCGAAUUGCUCUGGUAUUUCCAGGAUUUUCUCAGCUUCCUGGAACCAUCACUUGCUCAGUAGCAUUGUACGCAUUCGGCGGGUGAGUCGCUGUGAUAAUGCUCGGCUCAAACAGCGUAUCGCUACGCAAUCUUCGCACGCCCAUAGGCUGUAUCAAGUGUCAAUCAUAGAAAAUAAGAACCCCAGAUAGCUUUUGAAAAUGGAUCUGUACAGAAAAAAGAAAAAAAAAGAAAAACUAGACAGUACUGACUUUGUAAUUAUCAUGUUAUUACCAGAUAAGUUCAUGUUGUUACUAGGUAAUUACCUGUUAAUUACCUUGUAAUAGGUGUACCGUAAAAGAAAGGGUUACCGUAUUCUCCAAUAAGCCAGUUGAUAAUAGAAGAUCGAUAGUAGCUAGGUGAUGACCAAAGAACUUCAGCUUCUUAUCCCAUUUUUGUGUAGUUCUCAAAACAAGAAGUUCCUGCCACAAUCACUGAUUCGUUUUUACAGUGCGUCAAAUGGUGAAUUCCUACAUUAUAACCACACUACAGUAUAAUAUCUCCUCAUAACUGCAUCUGUACUUCAGUUAACACCGUCCUGAACUCCCAAAUCUAAAAGCAAAACAGUGGUUCAAAGAGUCACUUUGAAAAGAAAGAUGUCUUAAAUAUAAACCAACAUAAAAGAAUCAAAGAACAAGGCUAACUCGAAGUGCAGGCGCCUUGAGUACACGCUGAAAGCUUAAAGAACUGAUGCCUCUUGAGAAAGAGCAGGUGCAUUAAAGCAUCUCUCCCUCACUGUGUGAUAUUGUCGGCCUCUCGCUGGUUCACACCCACAUGCACAUCUUCAUUGGAGGCUGCUAUCGCAUAGCAACUGAUCUCUGGGGGGGGGCGGGAGGGGAGGAGAGGGUGAGGGUGGGGGGGGCUCCCUGAACCCUGCAGAGCAAAUGAAUGCACAGGGAAAUAGAUGUUAUCUCUCGCACUGCUCUGAAACUGAUUUCUCCCUGCGUCUGUUUAGCAAAUGCAUAGAUUAGGACUCGUAAUUGGUGGUUUUUGCUGCAUAAAACACGUUCUGUAGGUCAAACCAGGACAGCGUCACAACAUAAAACACACCUCAGAUCAUUAGUUCUGCAAAGCUUUGAUUUACUAUCACUCCUGUCAAUGCUCUCACUUUUUCUAGAUUCCCUACACAGGAGCCAGCAUGAACCCCGCUCGAUCCUUUGGGCCUGCAAUAGUCACUCUAAACUUUGAGCACCACUGGGUAAGAGAUACUUUUUUAAGAGGGUUAUCUGUCAUUUAGGUGUUAGUGCAGCCAAAUAUCACACUCCUACUCCUGAUAAUGCCUGGGUCAGUGUGGAUGGACUUGUGCCAUCUCUGUAAGAGCUAGUAUGUGCUUUCUAGUGUAAUAAAUCAGCUUAUUGGGUGAGAUCCAAUGCCCUGGUGUCCUGCUUGAUACUCUAAAAUGAUCUGCAGUGGCCAGUGAUGAUUUUUAUCCAUGUCCUGAGGAGGGCACCAGGCUAGUAUGGCAUGUUGAAACCUGGUAAGGUCACAUAUUCAGCAUCAUGGCCAGAACAGAAAAAACAGCUGUGACCCAAAGACACCUUCAAAGAGUAGUCUCUCGCUUCUGUCAGUAACGGCAAGGUAGAAAACCUGAAACAGGUGUUUUAAAAGCGUACUACACCCUGCGUGUGACCCUUUAAAACCUUUGCACCUUAAAAAACUAGUGCCAAAGAAUCAAAACUUUAUAGCUUUUCCUCCUCCUACAUAACAUGAUAUCUAGAGAGGGUGUAAAAUAGCAUUAGCUCUGAAUUUAUGUAUCCAGGCAAUUAUUUCCACUGAGGUGUUUGUAGACAGCGUGGUGCCAUGUGGUGGGAGUGAGGAACCGUUUUCCAGAAGUGUCUUCUUUUGGAGGUAAAUGCCUGAUGUUGUAGACUCUGAUCUACCUGCCUGUGACGAAAGCUGACCCUCUUUUUUUCUCAAUUUGUAACCUAACAAAUCAGGACAUGUUGUUGACAGUAAUAAACAUCUCCCAUGGGCCCUGAUUAACCAGCUGACUCAUUAAGGUGUUUUUCUUGCUUUUUAUGCUAGGUGUACUGGCUGGGACCCGUUGUAGGGGGCAUCCUGGCUGCAGGUCUGUACGAGUACCUGUACUGCCCCGACCCCGAGAUGAAGAAGAGGCUGAAGCAGGUCUUCCAGAAAGACCCGUCAGGGAAAUACAGGGAGGUGGAGACAGAUGAUCUUGCCAUUAAGCCGGGCUCUAUCUCUGACAUAGAGAAAGGCGAGAAAAAGGAUCCUUUCCAGGACUCAACGGGGGAAGUGUUGUCUUCAGUAUGA